GUCGUGGACAGACUGAAAGACUUCUGGCCAGGUCUGAAGGGUCUGGUUCACGCCCAGGUGACAUCAGAUGUAGUGAUGCAGUAUCUGAGUAACAACAGGGAACAGGGGAACUGUGGCGAGUCACUGCCUACUGAAUGUGAGCUGAUGACACUGCCUGGAGCGCUGGAGAUGAUCUUUAACCUGUCCUCUACUGUGGACAGCGCGGAGCAUGUCAAGGUUCUGGCUCAGACAACCGACCUGCUCCUCAAGUCGUCUCAGAAGCUCAAUAUGGAUGAUCAAGUAGCUGCCGGGUACAUUAUUGGGAAGCUGGCGAGGGCCAUGGAGCGUCUGUCGGAGAAGGGAGUGCGGUUUCCGGAUAUGAAACCUGCCGCUACAGCGAUUAUCGACACGGCGUCCACCCUGAUGGAAGCCGGCGUUCAGGAGGAGGUCACGCUGGAGGACCAGUCACACUUCCUCCCGCCCAGGAAACGCAAGGCGUACCGGGAAAAACUGGAGAAGGAGCGGCGGGAAAAGCAACAACAACUGUGGAAACUUGAGAAAGAGGUCAUCUCUAAACUGGUUGAAGAAGUCAACAACGUCGCCCAGGCUGUUUCCGCUACCCCGGACAUCCCUGGGUCAACUACCCUGGGAACAAGAUCAAUGCAGCUGGUGUUGGACACGGAAUCUGGGUCCGAGAUGGGAAACGCCCCAGUUUCCAUCCCGGCAGGACAAGUCAGGUUCCCGGAUGUAAGGGCCUUGUCUCCUUUUGCCGCCUCCCGUCGAAAUGUCGAAUGGAAGAUCACAGGUUUUACAGACAACCCGUAUGUGUGGGAUAGGUCAGCAGAGGACAUCCAGUCAUCUGUGGUGGACGUUACACUGGAGGAUGACUUAGGAAACGAGAUCCCUGUUAAAGACCUGUCAGAAGAAAUCACCAUCGUCCUGCAAAACAACCCGGAAAUAUUCCGAGUCGGUCAUCUGGUGAACUACAAGUACUACGACAACGCCACGAUGGUCCUGCGACAGUUCACAGCUCGCGAGAACCAGACGUUCGGAGUCACCCUGACGGUGCGGACUACCAGCUACAUCUCAUCAGCUAGGAUAUAUGGCAAGAUGGGCGGAGAUCCCAACGACACAGAUCACGACUUUAGCAAACUCCUGACUUCAGACGACUUUGACAUCUCGGGAACUGUGGGGAACCAGACCUUCACCGCUUUCUUUUUGAUCUUCGUGGGGAAAGUCAACAACGGAAGUGGACAGUACACGCUGGGGCUACAGAUAGACGAGUGCGAGGAGCAUGGAUGCAGUUACACCACAGACAUGGUCAGCAUGGGGUGUCUCUUCUGGGAUACAGACGAUGACACUUGGAAGGGGGAUGGCUGCAAGGUUAGCAGUAAGACUACUCGGGAACAGACUGUGUGCCUGUGUGACCAUCUGACUCCGUUUGGAGUGGAGAUCACCCGGGUUCCCAACAACCCACACGACACCCAAUCAGUAAUUCUGCCGGACAGGCCACUUACAUGCAGGGCUUGA